GCGACUGACGAGACGAUCGGAGACGAUCGGACGUGCCCGUUUUUGCCGGGUGCACGCCUCUCGAGUCUCGAGUCUCGUCGGAUAGGAACUCACGGAUACGCCACACCACACACACCACCAAGUACACAAUUGCGGAAUCGUGCGGUAAAGUAAUCGUUCAUUACAAGUGUUUCGUCUCUCGUCACUCGUGCGGCGCCGGUGGCAGUGUGGAGUGUGGCAGCGUGUGUUGGGCCGGUGGUGUGACGUGACUGUCAGAACGAGGCAGAAAUAGUCACGCGGCCAAAUAGUAGAUUCGUUCGUUUAGUAUCUGAAGUAAUAUUAAUUAUAACUGCUCCAUUUUGGUAAUAGCGACAGCUGAUCAAAUACCGAUAGCAGCAAGUCGUAAUGAUAGUAAGAUUUAGACCCAGCGCUUACGAAACAUACACCGGCUUUGCCGGUUUUUUACGCCUGCUAUUAUCGUAAGACGUUGAUGAGGUCGUCCAGUCGCCUUAUCAUCGUCGCCCGUCUCACUUAGGCGAUUAUCGGAGCGGCUUUCCGACUAAUAGCGCACGCGCGCGCGUUAGCGGUUAGCCUAUACUCUUGACUCUACAGGAACAGCCAAAACGGCGCAGCCCGUGACACGAGCAGUACGAGCACGCGCGUUUUCGCCUCACUACAGUCACUACUCUCGACACUCUUGUCCGUCCGGUGGCACGUUUCAGAUCACGCCGUACAUGCCGAAGCCGAAGCGGCUACAGCUGCUCCGGAACACAGAGAAAUGAAUAUUUUCCUAAAUAUAUCGGCCACCUUUUGGUCACCACACAUUUGGUUACCUCCUAACAUUACAUGGGAAGACAUCAAUCCAAAUGCAGACAAUAAAUAUGCUAAUUAUCAGCAUUUAAUAUAUCCGCUGCCUAUGGCAAUUGUUCUUCUAGGCAUAAGAUAUACUCUUGAAAGGUAUUGGUUUGCUCCCUUUGGAAAAUCGCUUUCUAUAAAAAAUACUAGGAGCAAAAAGGCAGUAUCCAAUGAGAUAUUAGAAAAAGCGUAUCUUAGUAAAAAAACCAAGUAUAAACAGAUUUUGGCAUUGGCUAAACAAUUAGAUUGGUCUGAAAGGCAAGUAGAGAGAUGGCUUCGGCUGCGUCGUUCUCAGGAUAAGCCGUCUACUCUUACAAAGUUCUGCGAAAGUUGUUGGAGAUGUUUUUAUUAUACAUAUUCAUUCUUUUACGGCCUUGUUGUCCUGUGGGAUAAACCGUGGCUCUGGGACAUAAAGUAUUCUUUUUACAAUUAUCCCUAUCAUCCCGUUUCCGAUGAUGUGUGGUGGUAUUAUAUGAUAUCAAUGUCAUUUUACUGGGCAUUAAGCUUUUCUCAAUUCUUUGAUGUAAAAAGGAAAGAUUUUUGGCAGAUGUUUAUUCAUCACAUAGCUACAAUUGCACUUAUGUGUUUUUCGUGGGUUGGAAAUUUAACGAGGAUCGGAAGUCUGGUCUUGCUCGUGCAUGAUUCUGCGGAUAUACUCUUGGAGGCGGCAAAAAUGACCAAGUAUGCAAAUUAUCAAAGACUUUGUGACUGUAUAUUUGCUGCGUUUACAAUUCUCUGGGUUGUAACGCGUAUGGGUGUGUACCCAUUUUGGAUAAUUUAUAAUACAUCUAUAGAGGCGCCUAAGAUGGUACCGAUGUUCUUCGCGUAUUAUAUCUUUAAUUCUUUAUUAGUUUUACUACUGUUUCUCCACGCAAUUUGGACUUAUUUAAUCAUUCAGAUCGCAUACCGUGCUUUCAAUGCUGGUCAGAUGGAGGGUGAUAUUCGCAGUAAUAGCAGCGACGAAGUAUCUGACACUUCGGUCAAUAAUACUCCCAUAAACAGUACCGUAAAUUACACUAACAAAUCAAAUUCGAAACCAAAAGCCCACUAACAAGACGCAUGCCACAUAGGUCACUAUGUUAAAGAUUGAUUCCAAGGUAAAAAAAAUUCAUCCGGACAUUUAUCCAGGGCUAAUCUUUCUUCCUACAAGUAAAAUGAAAUCUUGAAUACGACUUUAACCUUGUAAUCCAAGACGCUAACGUUAACAUACCUAUUUAAUCUCUCAUGAAAUUUAAAAUACUUUCCUCCUAUUUCCCUUUCAUAAAUGUUUCUCUUAAAACAGUUCAACGCUUUGUCACAAAUUUACUUGUAAUCCUCUCAAAUUUUAAAUAUAUUUGCGUUUAUAUAUAGGAAUGCAUUAUAUACAUAUAUAAAGAACAACGAAAAAAAAAACAAGAGAGGAUAAAUCUUGAAAUAUUAACAAUUCAUUCUGCUAAUUCUAACUCCACCUUAUUUAAGAAUUAAUUGUAAGUAUAUUUUUUUUUUUUGAACGAAUUCUUAAUGCUUAGUUAAGAUAAGAAUGGACCAAAGCCGCCAAGACAUUCGGUAUCUGACCACCGUCGGGUCUUUCAGAGUCUAAUAUCGCGUAAAUACUUUGAAAACUGUAUUUAUUUAUUUUCUUAUACUUUGUGAGCAUUGCUUAGUGAUUCGU